CUCGUACUUUCACUCCGCGCCUCUCCUUCGCACUCAUCAAAAUGGCCUCCAUCUUCCGUGUCGCCCGCCUCGCCCGUGCUGUCCCCAUUGUGCCCCGCGUCGCCGUGCCCGCCGCGCGCAGGCUGCACGUGAGCGCGCGCCGCCUCGCGUCCCAGGACCCGUUCGCGCAGGACCCCCGCAUCGUCGAACUCCGCAGCAAGAUUGAGGCGCACGAGGGCGCCAAGCAGGCCAUCAUGCGGCUCGGGCAGCUCAUGCAGGACAAGGGUGUGGACCUCUCCAAGCCCCCCUCCACGAUGCAGGUGAUGAAGCUUGGGAUGGACCCCGAUAUCCGCGAGGCUGGCCAGAACCUCAUGGUGCAGCUCAAGGAGGCCGGUGUGGACAUCAACCCCGAGACGGCGUCGCAGAUCUUCGCGAAUGUGGUCAAGGACGAGCCCAAGGACAAGUAAUCGUAGCAUAUGCACUGUAUCGUUUUG